ACGCACGAAGAAGAACGAAAACAACAACGGUUUGGGAAGUGCACCGUCGAAAGGGUUAUGUACUUCCAGCAGUAUUCCUCGGCUCCGCCUGCCGCACUUCCAACAAAUGCGGCCGGAAGCUUCCCUGGCCAGCCUCUCCCAAUCGCCGCGCCUGGCGACCCGUACGUCCAACAGCCGCAGCUCGACGAACCUCGUCCAGAGUUGGCUCAGCCCACCGCUCCUGACGCUGCGUACCCAGAGCCAGGGCAGCAUAUUGACAGCCCGUAUCCCCUGGCGGUUCAGCGCGUCCCCAGUACCUAUCCCCAGCCACCACCACAGCCAGCUCUCGGAACCGUGGGCAUCGAACCUGGCCAAGGAUCCUAUGCUCCGGUUGCACUCGAUGCAGCUGUGCCGCAGCCGGCUCUGGCGUACACUGGCUCGGUGGACUGCCAAGCCGAGCCAUGGGGUGCCGGCCUGGCCGCCGAAUCCAUGACUCCCUACGUGGAGCCGCCUCCCGCCCGUGCCCGGCGCCGUCGAAUGGCGUCCCGGCCGGGCCGGACUCCUCCCGACUGGGUGUUCUGCCUCUCGGUGACCCUGGUGUUGCUGCUGGCAGUGCUGGUGGCCCUCGCUUACUUCUCGUACCGGAAGUUGCUCGCCCUGCGACGUCGAAUGCAUCGCCAUAUGCGGCACCUUGAGGCGACUACCAAGUUGUGGCAACCGUUGUAGAAGGCUUUGGCGUUUCUCAGAUGCGAACGCCUUGUCGGCUCGACAGGUUUCCGCUGUGCAUUAUUAAAAUUCGAGACGAUGGAUUCAUGUUA